AUGAGCCGGCCGACGCUGAUCAAGCCACCACCUUCUUCGAAUGAUAGAGCACCCAUCGAAGAUGUGCUGGAAUUGACACAUCUCAACGACAUCGACCCGAAUCUCUUCACAAACACGCGACCAGUAUGGCAUCCGCCGGGUGCUCGAGGCGUAUACGGCGGCGCAGUCAUCGCCCAAUGUCUGGCAGCGGCGCAAAAGACAGUCCCGGAGAACUUCGCAGUCCAUAGCAUGCACUGCUACUUCGUCCUGAACGGAAAUGCCGACAUACCCAUCAUAUACCACGUCGAACGCGUACGAGAAGGUCGCUCCUUUGCAACACGAACAGUCCAAGCCCGCCAACGCGGUCAGCCUAUCUUCACCACCACCCUCAGCUUCACACGAGAAGGAUCAGGAGGGAAGCAAACAGUGGAGCACCAAGCGAAAAUGCCAGACAUCGCAGCUCCCAUAAAUAUGGAACCCGUAGAUAUCUUACGCGGCAACAAAUCCCCCUUCGUGACGCAAAGAGUCGACAUCUACAACAACGACAGCCCGCAUCCGCAUGAGAAGCGCACAAGACAAUGGAUCAAAGCCCGCGGCAAGAUCAGCGACGAAGGAGGUCACCAGGCACAUCUCUCUGCUCUCGCGUACAUGUCCGACUCUUACUUCAUAGGCACCGUAGCCAGGACACAUCGCAUAUGGCGGCACAACAGCCUGACCUCCUCGGACAAAUCCAAAUCGCCCUCGCAGUCCAUCCCCGCCGAACUCUUCCAAAAGCUGAAAAGCAUGGAUCUCGAAACUCUCAAACGCGUAGAAGGCAUGGACGACGACAUGAUCAGCCAGCUCAAAACACUCGAAGUAAAAGACGGAGUCAUCAAGGGUUUGAAGGAUAGCACUAGACCAGAGAUUGGAAUGAUGGUGUCGCUGGAUCAUAGUAUUUAUUUCCAUGAUCCGAAGGGAUUCAGGGCGGAUGAAUGGAUGUGCACGGAGUGUGAGACGCCUUGGGCAGGGGAUGGGAGGGGGUAUGUGACGCAGAGGAUUUUCAGCAAGGAGGGCAAGUUGAUUGCCAGUUGUGUGCAGGAGGGUGUGGUGAGGUUGAAGCAGGAGGCGAAGCUAUAG